AUGACAUCCAAGGGCAAGGAUCUCUAUAAAACAUUCAAGAGGUCAAUAUCAAGUUCAGUCAAUGAGGUCCUUAGCUCAUCAUCACAAUCCACAUCUGGGAGUUCCGGUGCCAAAUACGGAGGUGGUUCAGGGAAAACAUGGAUUCAUCCGCCAGAUGUGUUAUUGAACGGUCGAGUCGAAUAUAGCGUGAAAUUCUUCGGAUCACAAGAAGUGAAAGAGGCAAAAGGCACAGAAGUUAUCCGCGACGCUAUUCAUGCUAUUCAGUUCCAAAAUGGGGUGAAAAGGUUCGAGUCAACACAAUCAGGCAAUAAAUUACAAAAGGUGGAUAUACAAAUCAACGUUGAGGGGGUAACGAUUGUGGAUUCAAAGACGAAAAUGGCCUUGCACAGAUAUCCGCUUCAGAAAAUAUCCUUUUGUGCUGACGAUAAGCAGGACAAAAGGAUCUUUUCAUUUAUUGCAAAAUCAGAGUCGGAUCCUUCUAAACAUGAAUGUUACGUGUUUCUUAGUGACAAGAUGGCCGAACAAAUCACUUUGACUGUGGGAGAAGCAUUUGAUUUGGCAUAUAAACGAUAUAUGGAUAAGAAUAAGACGUCAUUGGAGAAUCAGAAACAGAUCUUCGUUCUUCGAAAAAGAAUUGCUGAGUUAGAAGCUGAAAACCAAGUACUUAGCGAACGAUUGGCUGAAGCAAUUCGAGCAAACAAGGCUCCUCAGUUGUCAUUGUUGGAUGCACCAGCACUUCCGUCCUCUCCAAUGCCAUCGGGGCCUCCACCUGGAUUGGCGAACAACGCCAUCUACUCCACACCACAUAAUCUUCAAGUGUUACCGAAUGAUCCAUUUGUGGGACUUGUUACCGCCCCAUCGCAAUUCCCACCAACAGUAAAUACCACCACACCGUCGCAAGUAAAUGGACACACUAACGUGACACCUGCUACACACUAUUCCCCAUCUGGGCCAGCUCCUUCCCAAGCCCCUCCUCCAUGUCCAGUUCCAACUCUCGCCCCACCUCCACCUGUGGCGCCACGUCGUCACCAUGCACCAUCUAGAGCAAAUUCCGCUCCGGUUCCAGAGGUUGGUCGAAGGCUACAGAACCUUCAGUUGGAGAAUAUGGAAGACGUUUUCGAUGAUUCAUUCGAUCCAAGAGCAGAUGACAAAUCGAAAAAGCAGAAAGAAUACGAUCCGUUCGGCGACGAUUUCUUGGAUGACAUUCUCCGAACCGGCGAUACUGCAAGCCGAACCACAUUAGCACGAGCUGAUGCUGCACAACCAACGGCGGAUGACUUCCAGAAGAUGAUCGAUAAAGUGGAUAAAAGACUAGCUGAGAUGUCAUCCGGUUUUUCGGAAGGAAGAUUGGAAAUGGGCCAAGUAUCUCCAGGCGAAUCGCUAGGGGAUCUUGACGAGAACGAUUUCGAGCUUAUUGAUUUUGCCGUCGGUACCAGCAAACUUGCCGAAGUUUGCAACAUUGAGUCUCCUUCCAUAGUCGUGCAUUCCGUCGAGUUACGUGUGUCAUGGCAAAAUUUACUUACCUACAUGCAUUUAGUACUUUAUUUGCUGAAACAUUCACUGUAUAACAUAAUUUUUGAUUGUGGCGUCGUAGUUGUUGAACUCGACAAGUAA